UAAAAACUUUUGUAGCGUGUGAAUUCAACUACAUGUAUUUACUAUCUACCUUAAACUGUAUUAUUUUGAAUUAUCUGUGCAUGGUUUAUAGUUUUAAAUCUUCCGUAAACCAAAUAUCAGUUACAGAAAUAUUAUAGCCAUAAUAUGUUUAAAUAUCGUCUUCCUGACAGUCAUUGUAGCUUUAACAAUGCAUAAAGGGUUCCAGACCGCUGAUUUUAAACUACUGUAUGCCUUUUUAUAAUACACAAGCCUUGUGUUUAGACGCAUUUUGCCAUAUGUCAACAAGGAAGUAUACGUAGCACGGUAGCAUGUCAUUUUGGGAAGCAUACCCGUGGUCUCCUGUUCUUAUCGUCGGCUUAAUAGCUCUCGGUUUUGGUUUUUGUUUCUUCAUCUGCAGAUGCACUUACUCCAUUUAUAUGAAAUUUGAGAAAAGUAAUAACAUACCAGCACCUGAACCUGCUGUUAACCAGAUUUACACAACGCAUGAUGAUGACGUGCCUUCGACAGGUCCACAGACAAUGGCCAGUCAUUGUCAGAUAGAACAUGAUGCAAGUACAUUCAACCAAGAAACAUAUCCACCUUGGCAGUGCGAUGACAAUACAAGAGAUGUUCUUCCACCAGCUUACGAUAGUGUUAUGUCCUCCGAUAAAUUGACUUUAGUCAAAUAACUUUCCGCCAUAGUGACAUCUUUCAUCUAUAGUGUGUUCUUUUGUUCUAUUGUGAGAGUGUUGACUUAGAAAAUCUCAAACCCUAUGACAUUUUACAGAUUUGACGUCACAUCACAAUGACUGAGUGAGGUGUGGUAUCACCAGGAUUUUACUUGAGCAGUUAAUAUUAGUUGCAAUCUUAGUGUUAAAGUACCUGUACCCCAGUCUCAUUUGCUAUUGUUAUAAAACUUAGCAAGACUACUUUUGUUACCUUUUUAAAAAAUUGUACGUAUUUGUGAUUCUUGAUAUCGAAUCCUUGCAAUCCAAAUCCCUGACAUCAGCUAAAUACUAAACAAUACAAAUUUUCAAACAUUUUUUUGUUUGUACGUGUACUUAUUUAAAAUAUAAAUGACUUUUUUCACAUACAACUUUCUUCAAGAUUUAUUGCACAUAUAUAAACAAAGAUGGUUCUUGUCUCAAAUGAAAAAUAUUGCAAGAUUCAUAGUAAUCUUGCAUACCGUCUAGUGUUACCCUCCAGAGUGACACAGUAAUUUUUAUUUUAACAUGAUCUGUCGACCAAUAAAACGAAUAACGAACAAAAACUACCUGGUCUAAAACAUUAAUGUUUACCUGUAUUAUUUCCCUUCAGAGUUCGUCUAUUUAAAAAAAAAAAUACUUGAUAAAAUUCUAUCUUCUUAAUCGUUCUAGUAAUGUCUUUCUAGUGAGUACUUUGAUGUAAAUGGAUUUAAUUACUUAUUUUAAUGCUCAUCUACAUGUACCAAUUUCCCAAAAUCUAUGCAAAAUUCAUUUCUGUAAAUGAUUAUCAGUAUUAGCAUUAUAAUUUUAUCAUUAUUAUUUUUGUCGCCUUUUCUCAUGAUAACACGCUUUUUGGUUAUAAACUCACUAUAACUCGCUUGAACUAUUUUCUAAGCAAUAAAAUAGAUUGUAAAAAUAACACUCUACACGCCUUAAAAACUACUGCAGGAUCUUAAAGAACAACUGGCAUUUUCCCUAUAAUUUUUAAACCACAUAUCUACAUUAGAUUUUUGUGUGGCAUUUCUAAAUGUACAGUGUGGACAUUUAAAUGUACUAUAGAAGAAAUCAAAAUUUAACAAAUAGGCAUAAUUGGCUUAAUUUUAUUCUUUAAGUGUUAAUACAACACAAGUCAAAAUCCUUAAAUUAAUCUUUAAAAAAGUACAUCACACAAUUUAUUAUAAUAGCUAAGACCGUAUAUUUCAUUGUAACUGAUAAACAAAAUUUGUUUACUAUAACCACUUUUAUACAUCUGUUGCUGCUACCCUUUAAAUUGUGAUUAUUUACUGACAACAUAUCGAGUUUCAACAAGGAUGUGUUCACAGAACAAAACAAAAUAGUUCCCUGUGUUCAUUGUAGAUAUUUGUUAAAAAAACGUAGACUUUUCUUUAUUAAAGUGAAACUAUCCUUCAGUAAAUACAUGCAUUUUUUUCUAA